UUUUGUUUCUUCUAUUUGGUUCUUCAAAAGAAAAAAAAAAAAAACACUCUGCUUCGAUCUUCAAAAACCCCAAAACCCAGAAAAUCUUAUUAACAAUUUUAUCGAAUUAGCCUUUUCAAAUAUCUUGUUUCAAUUUUGUUAUUGUAAAAAAAUGGCUCAAGCUGUUGAAGAAUGGUAUAAACAGAUGCCCAUUAUCACCCGCUCUUAUCUCACAGCUGCCAUAGUCAUCACUAUUGGUUGCUCUCUCGACAUAAUAUCACCUUAUCAUCUGUACUUGAACCCUAUCCUCGUGGUUAAGCAGUAUCAAUUCUGGCGCCUCAUUACUAACUUCCUGUACUUCCGCAAGAUGGAUUUGGAUUUCAUGUUUCACAUGUUCUUUCUUGCUCGGUACUGCAAGCUUCUUGAAGAGAACUCUUUCAGGGGAAGGACUGCAGAUUUUUUUUACAUGCUCUUGUUUGGAGCUUCUGUCUUAACUGGCAUUGUUCUUAUUGGAGGAAUGAUACCUUAUCUGUCAGAAUCAUUUGCCAAAAUCAUAUUUCUAAGCAAUUCAUUGACAUUCAUGAUGGUUUAUGUGUGGAGCAAACAGAAUCCUUUCAUACAUAUGAGUUUUCUGGGUCUUUUUACAUUUACUGCUGGUUACUUACCCUGGGUGCUUUUGGGAUUUUCUGUCCUUGUAGGUGCUAGUGCCUUGGUGGAUCUCCUGGGAAUGAUAGCUGGUCAUGCAUACUAUUUUCUUGAAGAUGUAUAUCCGCAAAUGACCGGUCGCCAACCCCUAAAAACUCCAUCCUUUAUUAAAGCAUUGUUUGCAGAUGAGGCUGUAGUGGUAGCACAGCCAGGAAAUGUGAGAUUUGCUCCACCACCUGCAGAGGAAUUUCACAGAGAUUAAUCUGCCCUGCGGAAACUAUACCAACGGGUGGUAUCUUUCGCUAAACCGAUCUCUGAUUGGACAUGGCAAAGGCAUAAAAUGUGUGGCUGACCAUUUCUUUAAAAUGUUCAAGCUUCCAUGCUAAUGUGUACAUCUUGAUGUUGUUGGGGUUGAAAUUUUGUAUACCUAGACUAAGUGCUUUUGGUUGGUGUACAAUGCCCUUUGUGCCUUCUUCCCUUUAUGCAAUUUCCCUGAAGUAUUUUUGUAUAA